GAUCACAGACACCUGACUAUGACAAAUCAUAGAAUUAUGAAUCUCACAGGGGGCUCUAUAAUGGCUGAGCACUUGCUGCAUAAUGUUAACUUACCGGCACACUCUGGCUGAACAUACGGAGAUGACGUAAUGUUUAAGGUUUGAGUUCACAUCAUCUCCCACGCCAGCCAGAAAGAACUCAGUCCUACCAGUGUCCAUGUGGAUGAAUAUGGAAAUGAUCCUCUUCCAGUUGAACCUUCAGAUGAAUGGAAAUUUCACUCAACUGCUAUAUCCCCCUGAGAAAUCUUGAGCCAGACACCUUGAGCGUUUUCGACCUCAGAUUGGACAUGGCAUCAGCCAGUGUGGCAGCUGCAGGGAGAGCUCUCCGCCGGGCCGUUCUGCUUCUCCGGCGCAGUUACCAGACGGAGAGGGGCGUCUAUGGAUACCGGCCUAGGAAAGCCGAGAGCAGAGAGCCCCGAGGAGACCGUGCACGCCCCUCAGUUGACCAUGGCCUUGCCAGGCUGGUAACAGUGUAUUGUGAGCAUGGCCACAAAGCUGCCCAGAUCAACCCUCUCUUCCCUGGACAAGCCCUCCUGGAUACUGUGCCUGAGAUCCAAGCUCUUGUCCAGGCUCUCCAGGGACCCUUCACUACCACAGGACUAUUAAACAUGGGCAAAGAAGAGGCUCCUCUUGAGGAAGUGUUAGCCUAUUUGAACCAUAUCUACUGUGGGCCAAUUUCUAUCGAAACUGCCCAGCUUCAGAGCCAGGAAGAGAGAGACUGGUUUGUCAGCAGGUUUGAGGAACUGAAAAAGGAGACAUUUACCACAGAAGAACGAAAACACCUGUCAAAACUAUUGCUAGAGUCUCAGGAGUUUGACCACUUUUUGGCCACCAAGUUUGCCACAGUGAAGAGAUACGGAGGUGAAGGGGCGGAGAGCAUGAUGGGAUUUUUUCACGAGUUGCUGAAAUUGUCAGCCUAUGGCGGUGUAACGGACAUCAUUAUUGGAAUGCCCCAUAGAGGGAGGCUGAAUUUGUUGACAGGCCUUCUGCAGUUACCUCCGGAGCUGAUGUUCCGUAAAAUGCGAGGCUUAAGUGAGUUUCCAGAAAGUGUUGCCACCAUUGGUGAUGUCCUGUCCCACCUGACCUCCUCAGUGGACCUAGACUUUGGUGCCCACCGUCCCCUCCAUGUGACAAUGCUACCCAAUCCCUCACAUCUGGAAGCUGUUAACCCCGUGGCCGUAGGGAAAACUCGUGGCAGACAGCAGACUCGGGAAGAUGGGGACUACUCACCGGAUAGUUCUGCUCAGCCUGGGGACAAGGUCAUAUGCCUGCAGGUUCAUGGUGAUGCUUCCUUCUGCGGUCAAGGGAUUGUUCUUGAGACGUUCACACUCUCUAAUCUCCCACACUUCAGAAUUGGUGGGAGCAUCCAUCUAAUUGUCAAUAACCAGCUGGGUUACACCACGCCCGCAGAGAGAGGAAGGUCAUCCUUAUACAGCAGUGAUAUCGGAAAACUCGUAGGCUGUGCCAUCAUCCAUGUCAAUGGAGACAGUCCAGAGGAAGUAGUCCGAGCCACACGACUUGCUUUUGAAUAUCAGCGCCAGUUCCGCAAGGAUGUGAUUAUUGAUUUGUUAUGCUAUAGGCAGUGGGGUCAUAAUGAGCUGGAUGAGCCUUUCUUCACCAACCCAGUCAUGUACAAAAUCAUCAGAGCCCGAAAGAGCAUUCCUGAUGCCUACGCAGAGCACCUCAUUGCCAGCGGACUCAUGACCCAGGAGGAGGUUUCCGACAUAAAAGCCUCCUACUAUAGCAAGCUAAAUGAUCACUUGGCCAAUGUGGCCCACUACCGCCCCCCGGCCACUAACCUGCAGGCCCGCUGGCAGGGCCUGGUGCAGCCGGAAGCAUGCAUCACUACCUGGGACACAGGCGUGCCUCUAGAGCUGCUGCGGUUUAUUGGUGUGAAAUCCGUGGAGGUUCCAGAGGAACUGCAGGUGCACAGCCACCUUCUAAAGAUGUUUGUUCAGUCAAGAGUAGAGAAGGUGACGAAUGGAACCAGUCUAGACUGGGCCACUGCAGAAACGCUCGCCUUGGGCUCCUUACUUGCUCAAGGUUUCAAUGUUCGUCUGAGUGGCCAGGAUGUUGGCCGUGGAACGUUUAGUCAGAGGCAUGCAAUGGUGGUUUGCCAGAACACCGAUGAUGCCUACAUUCCUCUGAACCAUAUGGACCCUAACCAGAAGGGGUUUCUGGAGGUUAGCAACAGCCCCCUGUCAGAAGAGGCUGUCUUGGGAUUUGAAUAUGGGAUGAGCAUCGAAAGCCCAAAGUUGCUGCCCCUCUGGGAAGCUCAAUUUGGUGAUUUCUUCAAUGGAGCCCAGAUCAUCUUUGACACAUUCAUCUCUGGAGGAGAGGCCAAGUGGCUCCUGCAGAGUGGCCUGGUCAUCCUGCUUCCACAUGGCUACGAUGGAGCUGGGCCUGAGCACUCAUCCUGUCGGAUAGAGCGCUUCUUGCAGAUGUGCGAUAGUACAGAAGAAGGUGUGGACAGCGAUACUGUGAACAUGUUUGUGGUACACCCGACCACCCCUGCUCAGUACUUCCACUUGCUUAGAAGGCAGAUGAUCCGGAACUUCAGAAAACCUCUCAUUGUCGCGUCUCCAAAAAUGUUACUCAGGUACCCUGCAGCUGUGUCAGCUCUUGAAGAAAUGGCGCCAGGAACAGCAUUCAAACCUGUCAUUGGUGAUUCAUCAGUAGAUCCAAAAAAUGUUAAAACCCUCGUAUUCUGCUCCGGCAAACAUUUUUAUGCCCUGCUGAAGCAAAGAGAGUCUCUGGGGACUAAGAAGCGUGAUUUUGCCAUCAUUCGACUAGAGGAACUCUGCCCUUUCCCGCUGGAUGCAUUACAACAAGAGAUUGGCAAAUACAAACACGUUCGAGAUGUCGUCUGGAGUCAGGAGGAGCCUCAGAACAUGGGUCCAUGGGCUUUUGUUUCUCCAAGGUUUGAAAAACAACUGGCUUGCAGGCUCCGUCUCGUAAGCCGGCCCCCUUUGCCAGCACCUGCUGUAGGAAUUGGCAUAGUGCACCACCAGCAACACGAAGAAAUUCUCUCCAAGACCUUCACUUCCUAACGUGCUUGGAGAAAACAGGAUCGCCUUCUAAGCAACCAAAGAAAGCGUGCUCCUAGACUCCUCCUCUUCCCCCAGCUUAGUAUGGAAGUCUGUGUUCCUCUGAAAUUCUGGACUAAUCUGGACAACUGAAUCUGGAGUACAUGGGAUAUGCAGGGGAACUGAUUUUAUAAGUCCAUGAAACACAUAGUAGAUUUCACACUUUGCAGGACAAUAGUGUUUGUUAUGCUUUGCUUAGAUGUGAGUGCACUGGAAGAGGAGGUCAUUAGGCUUUUGGAUUCUGACUCCACUGUAACUGACCGUAAAUCAGUAGAGAACGUUCUUUGACCAGAAUGUGGGGCUGUGUAUAGGCAGCUCCAACAAUACCUCUUAAUUGGUUCAAUACACAUAACUUUCCAUAUCUUUCCUCCCUGUUAAGGUCAGCAAUAUUUUUAAAUGUCAUCUUAGAACUGCUCUACAAAAUGUUCUAACCGACACCACUAAAACUAGACCAUUCCAGAUUCAUGUUCUUUCAGGUUUGAUUCAUUAUCCUUAAAAGUAAAUGCUGUAAAUACAAAUUCCUGAUUGUAUGGUCUUCUAGCUCUGUACCAAUCCAGAGUCGCCUGUAGUGCAGGCUGGCCUCAUACUCACUGUAUAGCUGAGUGCUGGGAUUGCAGGCUUGUGCAACCAUUAAUGCUGGUAAUGAGUAUCCAUUAAGAAUGGUAGGCGAGCUCUCUACCACCUGAGCCACAGCCCUGGCCCCUAAUAAAUUUUAAGUUAUGAGGUA